CGAGUGUCUGUGUGCGCGGUGACGCGUGUCGCGGCGGUGCGGGUCCCGAUUGCUGCAGCCGCUUGUCAGUGUGACGAAGAUUGGCACCCAGGUUUCUGUCCGCUACAUUAUACGUCAGUGGGUAACUCUGCUGGAACAUGAUAAUGCCAUCUUCAGCCCAUUGAUGGAAAGGGAAUAUGUGUUCGUGCUUAUGAUGAUUUGAAGACACUUGUGUUUUAUUAACCAUGAUGGCAACACAGACAUUAAGUAUAGACAACUAUCAAGAUGGACAACAGAUGCAAGUAGUAACAGAGUUAAAAACUGAACAAGAUCCCAACUGCUCUGAAACUGAUACAGAAGGGGUGAGUCCUGCCCCUGUAGAAUCUCAAACUCCAAUGGAUGCAGACAAGCAGGCCAUUUACAGGCACCCACUGUUUCCCCUGUUAGCACUAUUAUUUGAAAAAUGUGAACAAUCUACACAAGGCUCAGAAGGCACAACUUCUGCUAGUUUUGAUGUAGAUAUUGAAAAUUUUGUAAGGAAGCAAGAGAAAGAAGGAAAACCCUUUUUCUGUGAAGACCCAGAAACUGAUAAUUUGAUGGUAAAAGCAAUCCAAGUUCUACGUAUCCAUCUGCUUGAGCUAGAAAAGGUUAAUGAACUCUGCAAGGAUUUCUGUAGUCGUUACAUUGCCUGCCUGAAGACAAAAAUGAACAGUGAAACUCUGUUAAGUGGAGAGCCUGGGAGUCCUUAUUCACCUGUGCAAUCUCAGCAAAUUCCAAGUGCCAUUGCAGGCACACUCAGUCCCCAAGGGAUUAUGGUGCCAGCAUCAGCAUUGCAGCAGGGAAAUGUAACUAUGGCAACAGUAGCAGGGGGUACAGUGUAUCAGCCAGUCACUGUAGUCACUCCACAAGGUCAAGUGGUGACACAAGCACUGUCACCGGGGACUAUUCGGAUCCAGAACUCUCAGCUUCAGUUGCAAUUAAACCAAGAUCUAGGCAUCUUGCAUCAAGAUGAUGGCUCAUCAAAAAAUAAAAGAGGAGUUCUUCCCAAGCAUGCUACGAAUGUGAUGAGAUCUUGGCUUUUUCAGCACAUAGGGCAUCCAUAUCCAACAGAGGAUGAGAAGAAACAGAUUGCAGCACAAACAAAUCUGACACUACUUCAAGUUAACAACUGGUUUAUCAAUGCUAGAAGGCGAAUUCUUCAGCCAAUGCUGGAUUCCAGUUGUUCUGAAACUCCGAAAACAAAGAAGAAAACAGCUCAGAACCGACCAGUUCAGAGGUUCUGGCCUGACUCCAUUGCCUCAGGAGUUGCUCAGCAGCAAUCUAAUGAGCUCACAAUGUCAGAUGGUGCUGUUGUAACAAUCACAGCUCCAGUCAACAUGAAUGUAGACAGUCUCCAGUCUUUGUCAUCUGAUGGUGCUACUUUGGCUGUCCAGCAAGUUAUGAUGGCAGGGCAAAGCGAGGAUGAGUCUGUAGACAGCGGUGAAGAUGACGGAGGAGAUCUCUCAACAACAAAUAUCAGUGGGCUGGUCUUGGAUAACAGCGAUUCUCUGCAGUAGGAAGCAAGAGAGUGUGACAAAAUGUUUAGGGAAAAAAAAAAAUGGACUGACUGACUGUUUUUAUAGUUUGCACAGCAAACAUUUUACACAAGUUUUAUUUCUAAUAUGUUUUAUAUGUAGAUAUAGAAGGGUGCACUUUUUUGUAUUUCCAUAAUAAGCUUAAAGAGUGUUUUUCCAGGUGCAGCAACUUCUUUCAAAUGUGUUUUUUGUUUGGUUGGGUUUUCCUUCAUUUCUCUUUCUUAGUUCUGAGAAUUCUAUCUAGCAACAUAACGAACCACAUAAGCACCCCUUUGGUCUUUGAAUUGGAAGUGCUGCAAUUUCUAAAGAGCUCUGCUGUUUCCGUCAGUGCUGUUAUUUAACACAGCUCCUGAGGGGCGGGCGAUGUAAAUUUGAAGCAUGUGACACUAGUGUUUGGAACUUGAUCGUUAAGUUAGAUGCAUAUAUUUGAAAGAUGCUUCUGCACCUUAAAAACUGCUAGUCUGAGGUGGACAGCAACACAACAUGGAGAAGAAAAUGUUGGUGUGUGAUCCAGUAGCGAAUGUAUGGCAAUUUAAAUAAGUUUAGUUUCUCUCAUAGUCCGUGAGCCUGUUUAUCAUUUGCUAUAAAAACUCCUAUUUUUACCUUGAGGGGGUUAUUGGAUAAAAAAAAAAAGUAUUUUUAUAAAUUCACUAGGAAUUGGGAUGAUGACUGUGUUAAGCAGGAGGGAGGAAGAAAAAAAAAAACACAACACAUUUCCAGAGAGGAAAAAUAAUGUUUAGUAUUCCUAUUUGGAAGGUCUGAAAACUGACCAGAUUAAAUAAACAAGCCUGUGCUAGCAUUCUAUGAUUCUCAGCUAUCCCACAGUGAUAUACUAUAUUUGAUAAUAGCAUAAGAAGGGCCCACUGUUUAAUGGGAUUUUGAUAUUGUCAAACCUUGAUUUAUAUUAUGUGUAAACUAAUAUUCAAAUGACAUUAACUCUGUAUCUAGACUUGUAUCUGAAGAUGUUUGCUAAAUGAGUAUUCAGGUAAGUCAAUUCAAACACCCACUACUUUUCCAGGUAUUAGUUUGUACAACUGAAUCUGAAAAAUGAAAAGUUGCCUACUAUACAGUCACGAAUUCUGCUAUCACUCAGCUGUUUUAUUGCAUUUGAACUAUUUUCCCCUAGUACAAAGAGAAAUGUAACUUGUGGAUUGAUACAACAUUUCUUCAGAUGGGAAGGUCACUACCAGAAUGUACAGCAGGCUUUAUUAGAGUAGAAAAUCCUUCUGUGUGUCAUUUAAAAACUAAGAGCUAGUGUUGAAAGCACUUGGGUUUUGGUAACAGUUCAUUUCUUUUUUUUUACCCCCCAAAGCUCAGAGUCUCUGUCUGUUUAUCCAUAAACACUUACUUUUGGAAGUUUGUAUUUCCCAUUGUUCAGGAUCAAUAACAGAUUCCAAGAGUCUCGUGGUAUGCUCCACAUCAUAUUUCCCUCCUGUCCGUUUGUCACAACGUUGGGUGAGAUCAAAGCCAGAACUUCCUUCUGCUUUAGAGCAAAUCUAGUCACAUUUCUAAUGUGACAGGGAAAAAAAGGUGUUAGCUUUUAGGAUCUUUAGACAUUGUACAAAGCCCUUGGACAGAUGCAAAUACUUAAUUGCUUGAUUUCUGCUCCACAAAGCAGGCAUGUGCUUAGGUCCCAUUGAUUUCAGUUGGAACAGUGCAUGUACUUUUCAACAUGUUUAAAUGGUUGGAAGCUGGUCUUUAAAGGUUGUCUUCCAAGGCAAUUGUAAGCUGGUGUAAAGAAGAACUGCAGAAAGACAUUUCUGUACCUUUGGCAUAUACAUACCUGGAGAAUAAUACUGGUUUUCUAUGGCUAGUAGCUGUUUUGAAAAAACUGGUGUUGGACUUUAUUCAACACAAGAGAUGUUUCUGCUAUGGCUUUUGCUUAUUCCUGGCUGAGGAAUGCUGUAAUUGCCUCUCUAGCUGGGGAGGUAAUUUCUAAAGAACUUUUUUUCUAACUUCUCUGACUUGCCACUAAUGUGCCAUGUUUGUUAAAAAGGAUAGAUAGUAAAUCCAUAAUGAAAAAUGAAGUAAGGAGGCUUUGACAUAACUGUGUCAUAACUAUGUCAAAGGCUAUUGUCAAAUCCAGUUUGAUCCCAAAACAUUUGGAAAGACAUGUAUCAUGUACAAAUCAUGCUCCUUUGGAAAUGUUCAACCCACUCUUCCUGCAAAGGAUACCUGAGGUGUCUAGAACUGAGAGACAGAUUCUGUGUUUUCCUUUUUGGUUCUUUUAGAUUUCACUCUGAAGUGCUUCAUCACCCCACAGUUUCUCUCAGAGAGUAGAUGACAUUUGUUGGUUUGUUUGGGUUUUUUAUUCAGCUAUCAUGGUUCAUAUUUAACAGUGCAUUAAUCCUUGUACUUCUAGCAUCUGGGCAGGUGAACAGUCUGCCUUCUCAGCAUGUACAGGCCAGGGGACAGAUAUGUGCUUUUCCACAUUAGUCAGUGCUGGAGGAACAGGCCAUUUCUCACAAUCUGCUUUCCCUCCCUGACCAGUUGAUGCUCCCUCAGAUUCACCAGCAGAGCUGGCCUGCUUUGAGGUAGUCUAGGAAGCAGCUUAGGCAGCAGGUCUGUUGGGAUAGCAAGUAGCCAGUAGUGAAGGAAAGGGUAAACCAAAAUGGGCAAAACUUCAGUGGUUUGGAGAUAAUGCAGCAAUGGGCAUUUGUCCACACUUCAAAACCAGGAGAACUGAAAUCUGGAAAAGAAAGAGGGUAUUAAAACUAUCUACAGAGCUGUCUGGAAGAAGGUUCAGGAAGGUAUAGUUUGUGCCACCUGGAACAAAACUGGAAAUAACCAAGCAUUAGGGAUUGCAAACUCACGUAAGUUUGUUUUUCAGAAAGAAAGCAUCAUCUGGUUAGCUUUUUAACUCCCCCCACAUUAGGUGCACUUGACAUUUUAUUCUUCUGAAACACUUGCCACCCUGUCUUCAGCUAGUUUAUCAACACCUGAGAAGGGAGGUUGACAGAACUUACUGUGAAAAGGGGGAUAGGGAAUAGUCCUCCUGUCAGAUAGAAACGCAGGAACACGAAUUCCUAAAACUGAUAAGAGUUUACCAAUAUACUCAAAAGCAUUGCUUAACAUAUGGAACUCAAACCUUCAAUUCAGUGGAAAGAAAGUAAUGUCCUUCAUAUUUUUCCUGUGUAAGAAAGAUUACUGGUUUCAGCAAAGCAUCACUAUGGUUCAUUAUCACAUGGUUACAGUAGUUUAAAAGCCUUUAUAGAGGACCUAACUUUAAAGCCAUGUAUAAUCCCUACCCUGUCCCCAAUUAAAGUCAUUUUUGUAUGUAAUAGAAUUGAUUUAUUUUUUUAAAUCAGUGUAAUUCUUCAGUUAUGACUCUUGAAACUGCAGUGAUUCAAUGCCAGCCAGCAACUAAGCACCGUGGAACCACUUGCUUGCUCCUCCCCUUUCUUAAUCAGUUGGGGAGCAUAGUCGAGAAGAAAAACACCAAACCUCACACUAAAAUUCGUGGGUUGAGAUAAGAACAUUUUA